CUAGUUCUAAUAAAGUCCCUAUCACAGAACCGUUACAUUGAACUUAAUCAUUUCGGUAGGCUGCAAUAGCAAAACAAUUCUGGUGAUUCCCAGAGAAACCGCCAAUCAAACCAUACUCUUCACCAUGGCAUAUCGUCGUAAAACCUUGAUGGAUCGCAUCAAUGACAUAGACAUCGAGGAUUUACAAUAUGUCGAAAGGGAUUUGUGUUUCUAUGAAUUGGUAUCUUUGGGAUUUCUAUUGUAUGGUCGUGAGAAAACCACCGCUGAAUAUAUUUUACAAAAACUUAUUGUACUGCAACAAAAUCCACCGCAAGGCAAAGGCUUGGAGUCGACGAACAGUGAUAUACUACGCAAAUAUGCCACGAUAAACAGUCACACUUGGCAGCUAAAUAUAAUCGAAGCUUUGGCUAUUAUUCGUGCCAGGAAGGUACUACGAAAAUUGGGAUUCGUUUGGCAGGAACUUCGUGAUAUUUAUUUACCCCAUCUGCCCGAAAUCAGUGUUCACAUACAUCCCAUGCUAAAGGCGCUCUACAAGAUUUGUGAACGUCUGUCCACUACCCAGGCCGGGCGUAUGGUAAUGAAAAUCAAUGAAAUGCAUUUACAACGCGAGGCACACAAUCUACGUUUCUAUGACUAUGAAUAUUUGGAAGUGUUCCUCUUGUUUUGGAUAACAAGAGAUGUCAUUUCAAUUGGCAAUCAAAAUCUCCAGGGUGUAGAUAUAUUGAAUUUGAAGGCAUAUUUCAAGGAAAAUGAUUUGGACUCAAUGAAAGCCAUAGUAGAUGAUACAAUUAAUCAUAAUUUUGGACGCCGUGACAAUGUGGUGGCAAGUGAUUCAAAUGGUGAUAGACCAGGACCAAUACAUGGGCACAUAGGCGGUGCUCUUACUGCAACACCAGGUGCAGCAGGCAUGGCAAAUUGUCGUCCAGAUGGGGAUACAAAUCAAGAUUCUGGAGCUGUAAUGGAUUCUCUGGAUAUGCACUCUGGCGAACAGCAACAACAGCCAGGUGUUCAAGAAGCAAACAACUCGCCAUCCACUGAGGAAAUACAUGAAGAAUUCGAUCAUACCGAACGUUAUUUGAUACGUACAAAGCAUGCUGGUUAUGUUUUAAUUAUAAAUCAAAGUGAUUUCUAUCUGGACACCAAUCCGGAAUUUAAGGAACUCUUGCCCGAAAGACCCUUCAAAAAACAACGUGCUGGCACUGAUGUUGACCGGGAUAAACUCAAAGAACUUUUCUCUUCGUUCGGCUAUACGCCGGUGGUGUGCAAUAAUCUAACGCACGAAGAAAUGCAAAACACAAUACGGGACACCGUCCAAAGAUCUCUGCUAAGAGACUCACUUAUUGUUUGUAUAUUAACUCAUGGCAUGGAAGGUGUUGUCUAUGGCUGUAACAGUGUGCCAGUUAGCAUAAAUCAAAUAAAAACCAUUAUGGCCGAUGAUUCGCUGAGGGGCAAACCUAAAUUGUUGAUAAUACAAGCAUGUCAAAAGAACAUUGCCCCAGUGGAUACGAGCAUUUCGAAUUCGAAACGAAACUUGGAAGUUGAUACCUAUGCUGAUAUGCUAACAGCAAUGUCCUCCAUACCGGGUACUGAGGCCCUACGUCACACCAUAUCGGGUAGUUGGUUUAUCGAUUCAUUGUAUAAACUCACAAACAAGUGGUGUUCACGAAAACACAUGCUGGAUAUAUUGACAAGUGUUACAGCCGAUGUGGCCAAAAGACGUGACAAACAAGACUAUAUGUUACCCAUUAUGAGUUCCACUUUGAGAAAAGAUUUCUUUUUACCUCCACGCAUUUGACGAAAACUAUGUAAUUGUAAAGAUCUUAGGUCCUCUUUCUGUAUGGCGAUAGAAAAAUGAAUGCAUAAGAAAAACACCAUUGCAAAUGUGUUUUUCAGGUCCUUACCAAGACGAGUGUGUAGCAUAUGAAGGAUCGAAACGUAAACAAAGUUCAAAAAAAAAAAAAAAAAAAAAAAAAAACUUGAGAAAGAGAGUCAAUUGUUUUAAGAAGAAAUUGAGCUGAAGCGAUAAGCGAGUUUUCCUUUAUCAUGACGGGAAAAGUUGCAAAAACAGUAGAUUCUUGCAGGUUCUGGAACAGAGCAUAUGUUUUUAUUGAAUACUUCAAUUCAAGCAAUCAGUAGACUCUCGGUCAAAGUUGAGCAUUUUAAAUAUUAAUUUUUCACAUGCGUCUCUAUCACAUGGUGAAUAAAAUAUACGAUCGCAGGCAUUUUGGUUAAGACUUUGAAAAACCCAAAUCUAACCUAUGAAAAACAUUGGCAUGCAUAAACAGGCCCUUAAGCUUAUUUAUUUAGAGUAUAUGGUAUUAUUGAUUAUAAUUUUAUUUUUGUUUUUUACAAGUGUUUUUAUAAAAGUAAAGAAAAAAUAUUUGAUAAAUAAAUUUUUUUAAGACAUCACAAUUUGUAACUAUUCAAUAAAAAAAAAGUAGAGUAGACACAUUUUGAAAAUCAUAAAUCAAUCAUGAAUAUAUAAAAAACCACGUGUAAACAUGAAAAAAUAUAUUUAGUACCAGACAGUUUUCCCGACAGAUGUAUGGUCCGGUCUCUACCAUC